AUGGGAAGACCUAAACGGCACAAAUGUUUGAGGUGUGGGAAAACGUUUGCUUCCCAGUCACUUCUUUUAGUUCACCACAGAGUCCACACUGGGGAGAAACCCUACAGUUGUCCAGAAUGUGGAAAAUGCUUUUCUCAGCAGCCUCAUCUCGUGAACCACCAGAGACUUCACACAGGAGAGAAACCUUACAAAUGCAUGGAGUGUGAGAAGUGUUUUGCUGAUCCUUCUUCCUUGGUGAAACACCGGAGAGUCCACACGGGCGAGAAACCCUACAAAUGCAUGGAGUGCGGAAAAUGUUUCGCUUUUGGCUCAGGCCUCGUGGCACACAACAGAAUCCACACUGGAGAGAAGCCCUAUGCGUGUUCAGAGUGUGGGAAAUGUUUCAGCUCCCGGUCCCAGCUUGUGAAACACCAGAGGGUUCAUACAGGGGAGAGAAGCUACAAAUGCAUGGAGUGUGGGAAAUGUUUUGCUGUCAAAUAUACCUUAGAGAUCCACCAGAGAGUCCACACGGGAGAGAAGCCCUAUAAAUGCACUGAGUGUGGGAAGUGUUUUGCUUACCACUCGUCUUGUAUGAAACACCAGAGAAUUCACACUGGAGAGAAACCUUACCAAUAUCCCGAAUGCGGGAAAUGUUUUUCUCAUCAGCCAGAUCUUAAGAUCCAUAAGCGAGUCCACACCAGAGAGAAACCCUAUCAGUGCUUGGAGUGUGGAAAAUGUUUUGGUUAUAAAUUCUAUCUUGUGGACCAUCACAGACUCCACACCGGAGAGAAACCCCACACGUGUGUGCAGUGUGGCAAGUGUUUUGCUCGCUAUUCUGAACUUAUGCAGCAUCAACGAGCGCACACUGGAGAAAAACCUUACAAAUGCUCAGAGUGUGACAAGUGUUUUGCACAAAGCUCAGCGUUCGUGACGCACCAGAGAGUUCACACGGGGGAGAAGCCGUAUAAAUGCUUGGAGUGUGGGAAAAGCUUUCCUCAGUACUCAAACUUAGCUACACACAAGAGAAGAGUUCAUACGGGAGAGAAACCCUAUAAAUGCCUCGAGUGCAGGAAAUGUUUUGCACAGCAGUCGUGUCUUGUGAUUCAUCACAAGAUGCAUACAGGAGAGAAACCAUAUCAGUGCCCUGAAUGUGGGAAAAGGUUCAGUCAGCAUGGACAUCUUGUGAUUCACCAGAAGGUCCACUCGGGAGAGAAACAGUUCAAGUGCUUGGAGUGUGGGAAAUGUUUCACUCACAAGUCAGCUUUGGUCAACCAUCACAGGGUGCAUACGGGAGAGAAACCCUAUAAAUGCCUCGAGUGCGGGAAAUGUUUUGCACAUCACUCGAGUCUUGUGACUCAUGGACGGGUGCAUACGGGAGAGAAAGCCUAUCAGUGCCCUGAGUGUGGGAAACGGUUCAAUCAACACGGUCAUCUUGUGAUUCACCAGAAGGUCCACAUAGGAGGCAAACGGAACCAGACUAAGCCAAAGAAAACCCAUACGAAUGAGAGGCGCUCUGGUAAGCUGGUUGGCGCGAAUUUCCUCUCCCAAGGGUGGAAAACAGCAAAGCCGUCGCACAGGAAAGAGGAUGGUAUGAGCGGCCAAAGAAGUUGUGCCGGGCAGAAUUGUUCAUUUGUCACAGAAGCCAUGCCGAAAGGUGCCACCAGGACAGCAGAAGGUUCACGCAAAGAGACAAGUCUCAGAUUCACGAUAACCGUUUUGAAAGGGCCUCUGAAGAAAUUGCAUGCAGGGAGUUAA